ACUCCAAACAUUCAACUACUGGUACUUCGAGUUCGUUAUUUUCAUUGGUACGUAGUUGCGUUCGGUGACGGUUGGUGUUGUUCGGGUGCAAGUUCGACUGUUUUUUUACCUUUAAUUUUUACGAUGUAUUCGUAAAUUUCGUGUAAAUUUGCUAUUAUUUUAUAUUUUUAUUGUGACCAUUCGAGUAUUGUUUUUAAAAAUGCUUACGGUCAGUGUUUUUGCGCGAUAAUUCGUUUCUCUAUGUAAAAUUUUGUGGAGUACAGAAUCACGGAACUUAUUUCGUUUGAAAAAACCGGUUCAUCUGAUGAAUGAAGAAGGUGAAUACGGCGAAAUACAUAUAAACGAACUUUCCAUUACGUCAUGGUUGACUUAUGUUGUUCGUUCAUCGAAGAAGAAUGUUUUUCUACGAAUUACGAAUACCCGCCAAGACACCAUCAAACACUCAUCAAUGAAUUCCCGACAGCAGGGUUCGAAUUCGUAUCGUCUUCAUCGUUUAUAAAGACGCGGAAAAUCUCGGAGAUUAUCGCGCCACGUUUCUGGUCGAAAGAAAAUAUUCAUAAACGCGACAUCGUACGAGUAGUAAGCGAUUGUGCAGUGAUCGGUGUCGAUAAUUAUGGAAGUGUUAUGUUGUAAUAGUUUAAGCCCGGGUCCGAAGAAAUUCACGUUUCGCGAACAUUUAAGCCUAAAAUCGAUCGAAGGUCAACGGCACUCGAAGUGGCUGCUCGUUUUUUGUAAAUAAUCGAAUCGUUGAAUUUUAUUUAGAUUUUUUUCUCGUUGAAAAUGUUGGAAAUGUUGUGUCGGGUGUUAAUAUCAAUAUGCUGAAACAUAUAUUGAAUAGUAAUGCUUCAGUCACUAACACGGAACGGAGCACCGUCAAACAAAAUGGCAGACCAAAUGGGCAAAUGCCUCAGCAACAGCAGGCUCAUCAAGACGCCGUUAAUGCUGAAUUACAAAGUCGUCUUCGUACCGUCGCCGAGCCAGAAUACCAAAAUACCAGGGUGCAUUCGCCCAUUUCGGACUUUUACCGAAAUACGCCAGCGACCAGUAAAACUACCCGUUCGUUAGAUAAUGUAGGCGAAGCAGAACCACAGCCUGCCUUCGUUAACAAACCUCGAUCCGAAUUGGUGCAUUGGAGUAGGCCUCGAUCCGGCGGUAUGUCCGGUCCUGGCGAACCUUUGCACGCCAAUCAGAGGACACAUAGCAGCAGAGGAUCCGUACUGAACCAUUCUUACGCCGGUACCAUUAAUUCGCAUUCGUUUACGCUAAAUCAACAACACCAUCAUCAUCAACAGCAGAAGCUGAACCAAACGGACAUUUUGAAUUUGUCUUCGGCUGCGGUGUCUCCUACGUUCACUCCUAUUGCCAACGGCACCGCGCCGAAAAUAAUCGCCAAUGGUGGCCUUCAUAUCGCCAAGAAUUCACCAAUCACGCCGAUUUCUCCAGCGGAUGGUAAUAAUUUGGCGAAAACCGACAGUUAUCCGGAUAUAGAUAGGGACAGCAAUAAUAAUAACAAUGCGCCCGGCAACGACAUUUUUAGCAAUGGAGUCAAAGAAAUGCUCACUUCUUUGGGAUUAUUGUGCUUGAUAUCGUUAUUAUUAGCAUUAUUAUCGUUGAUUUUUCUGCUGAAAAUAUCUCCGGUGACGGCGGCCGACGUCAAAGAUUUACUACGUGCUGAUCAAUUUACCAUCAUGUCUCCGGACGAAUACGUUACCGUGUACGAAGUUACGCUGGCAUUAUGCGCGCUUUCGUUGAGUUUGAAUCUCUGCUGUUUGUUGGUCUGCUCCGUACAGUUCCUAUUCGCGGUGAAAUUGGCUCAAUCUUCUGUCAAUGGAGACAGAACUAACAAAUAUCUCCAACGGUCUGCACUAACCAGGAUUUGCGCAAUUGCUGGAUUUUUUAUUUCUAUUCCCGUAUUUUUAACUGGUGUAAUUUUGUAUACUUUUAUACAAUUCCAUUCGACUCCUGCAAUCAUUACCAGCGUUUUAAUUGGAUCUGGAAUUAUAUUUUGUGGUUGCGCAAUGGUACAUAAUGUCCUAGUUUGGCAAAGGGAAAAAACAAAUGCCGUUAAAGCAUUAGUAAGAAGACAGAGGUUACAUCAGCAACUUGAAUCGAGCAAACGAUUGAAUAGCAGUAAACUCGAUGCCGUUGGAACCCGAAAUACCAGUGCCACUGCUUUGAGUACAUUGUCAACUUUACCACCGCAUGUCGGCGUAGACAUGAGUAGCGUUACUUCGACUCCGCACGAACUUUCAACUUUAGUUUAAUAUUUCAAGGUAAACAAUCUCAUCCACAUCCAGGAAUUUUCUACCAAAGUUUUUGUAUAGCCUUAAUUAAUGGAUGACAUUUACCUUUGCCGCUAAAAUGACAUUAAAAAAAUAUUGGGUACAAAACGAAUGUUAACAAAUGAAGUAGGCAUGCUAAAAUCAUUCUAUGAAAUACGAAAGUUGAAUUUUUAUCUUUUUAUAGAAAAAAUUUCAUCACCUGUCCUUUGAUUGGAUGUGUAUGGAAUUGAGGCGGUCGAUCUGCCGAUUGAGUAGCAUUUUUUAUUGUAUCAAUUUUACGAGUUUUGACUGUGUUACUUUAUAUUUAACGUUUUAUGUACAGCUGUAAAUUUUCAAAAGAAACAUAUGUACUUAUUCUAAGAAAUUUUAUACUCUUGAUUAUUUUAUAAGGUGUUAUGUUAAUAUGAUUGGACUGUGAUUUUUUUCGAAUUCUUGCCUUCAGCAGUAUUAGAUACCUAUACUUUUAUUUAUUUAUUUCCUUUUGAUUCGUGUGCUUAUAUAAUGAGAUAUUUUAUAUAAAUCCUUAUUUAUUUUUUAGUAUCCGCGUAAUUUUUUAUUUACCUCUAUAUACAUAUGCUUUUUCGCAUCACAAUUUUCAAAUAAAAAUAAUGGAAAUCUUGA